UUCAAGUCUGCAGCCAUUGCGCAAUGGGUGGUGACAGGGCACAUCGCGCCUAUCUUCCGGGACCAUCGACUCCUUCACAGCAGUCAUCCAUCCAUCUCUGAUAACGUGUGGCUUGACCGUGGCUGAUUCUCAGUCGAUGAUGAUGAAAAAGAACGGAAGAACGGAAAUCGCAUCGGGAAGUUCAUAUAGAAGGCCGUCUUUGUUCGUUGCCAGGGACUGCUUAGUUGGCACAUGGGCAAUUCAAGAGGUAAAGUGCCUUUUCAUUGCGGCGUCUUCAAUGUCGUUCGUGACGGAUGAGAUGUGUACCUCCUGCUCGGGCGAGGUGUCAUCAUUCUGCACUCAACGGCCUGGUGAGAGAAGUCUGCCUGGAAUGAUCCCAGACUGGCCCCGCUGCUUCUCGAGGUUCUGCCGAAGCCGCUAUCAUUCCCCAUCUCUGUGGCUUGGUGGAAAACAACAGCACGGAGCGGCCCAGAAUACUUAUGUGAAACAAACAGGCCGGGGCUGAUACCCGAGUAGCGCGUAGCGCGCACAUUAACGGUAGGCUCGAAAGCUUGGGCCCAGGCCGAGCCGAAGUGGGAUGCUAGUCGGCUGGCGAGCGCCAACGCAGCUGAGGAUAGGACACGGACUGGGGGAUGGAGCUAUGCAAGAUGCAGAUCGUGGAUCAGGAAUCAUGCACCCCUUUGGGCGUGCUUUCCUUGACACCGAAUCAUGCAGUGGCACCUGAGGCAGUCCGAGCAUGAAGGCUUUCGGAAGCCUGGGGGAGCUGGGCCGAUGAAAUGAUGCUGAUGAAACUCGAGUAUGUAUAUGUAUCGGGCAAGCUCGCACCCUCCAUCUUUCCCACUUCCCGCUCGCGAAUGGGCCGCUCGUACGACGAAGACCCGCUCGCGGCGUUCACUGCCCCGCCUCCGAAUGAAACUCCGGCAGAACGUGAGCUGCGACUGCGGGCGGAGGCCGAAGCCCAGCGCAUUAGUGAUGAGAUCGACGCCCAGCUACGCAAAGAGCGCGAAGAGGAAAAGAAGCGCAAGCCAGUCAAGCUGUUGCUUCUAGGACAGUCGGAGUCGGGCAAGACCGCGACGUUGAAGAGUAAAUGUGAGGACACGCACACGGCGAUCGGUGCAUGCUUGUUAUCUCCUCUGACCACAUCCCAGUUCCAACUUCUCUACUGCAAACGACGGUGGCAAGAAGAACGCUCUUCAUGGCGCUGUGUUGUGUUGCUCAACCUCGUUCGUAACGUCAAUGACAUCCUUGAUCUCCUCGGCCGCGAGAUGGCCUCGGCCACGACGAAGACGCCGACGCUGCCCAGCGCUACCACCUCCACGUCUCAGGCUCCCUCCACUGCGAUUCCCACCUCCACCUCCUCCUCCCCGUCGGCCUCCCCUCUCUCCUCGGACGACGAGCCGGAGCCCGAGGUCGACAAGCCACCUCCGCGGCGACAGAGCGCGACGCUCGGCGGUCCGCGUUCACCCAAUCUCCCACCACUCAAAUUCAAAGACCGCCACCGCUUGCUGAGGCUGAAACUGGUGCCACUGCGCCGCAUACAAGCGGAUCUCGAGCAACGCCUCGGCGCGGCCGCGACGGAACUCUACACAACCUCAACCACGUCCGCGGCCCCCUUUGAGACCGUUCCCGGCGGAUCGCAGGCGUUCCAGAAACGGGAGAAGGAGUUUAGCAUCAACUCGACGAACGGGUGGAAGAGUGCGUUGGACAAGUUCCGCUCGGGAAGGAGGCGCUCGGGGGAUCAAGCACAGCGGGGCAAAGCGAGAAAUUUGGAGGAUGAAAUGCUGAGUGUCGUUUCUGGAUGUAGGGAGGAUAUCAGGGCACUAUGGGAAGAUCGGACGGUUCGCGAGAUGCUCUCCAGGAGGAAGUCGAGGAUCGAGGACUCUGCAGGAUUCUUCUUGAACGAUGUUGACCGCAUCGCACGCGACGACUACCAGAUCACAGAUGACGAUGUCAUUCGUGCGCGUCUGAGGACUCUGGGGGUGCAGGAAUACCGUGUCACGUUUGAACACGGACAUUCCGCUGGAAGUGAAUGGCGGAUGUAUGAUGUGGGCGGAACGCGUAGUAGUCGUGCUGCGUGGUAUAGCUAUUUUGACGAUUGCGACGCCAUUCUCUUCCUUGCGCCUGUUUCGUGUUUCGACGAGAAACUGGCUGAAGACCGGCGGGUGAACCGUCUCGAAGACAGUUACAUGCUGUGGAAGAGCGUCUGUGCAUGCAAGAUGCUUGCUCGGACCCAGUUAAUUCUUUUUCUGAACAAGUGCGACCUGCUUCAAGCAAAGCUUAUGCGUGGCGUGAAAGUUCGCGAUUCGGUCCCGAGCUUCGCAGACCGUCGCAACGAUGUAGCAACGGCAACACGGUACUUCCAGCAGCAUUUCAAGGAGAUCCAGCGGAGCAACUCGCCUGUUCAGCGUCCCUUCUACGUUCAUCUUACUUCGGUUAUCGUGAGCGUUUCACCCCAACUUCGCUCGCCGCCUGCUGAUGAACGCCUCGAUCUUGAUUACCUCACCCACAACGAUCACGACAUGGCCAACCGCCCACCCACUCCCUGCGCCGAAAACCCCGGCCAAGUGUACCCCAGAUCCGAUCCUGCGAAAGCGGCCCCGCUGACCAACUCCUCCGAACGCUACCUCCCGCGCUACGUCGGCAACCCGUACCUGAUGAACGGCGCGUUCAAGAAGCUGGACCACUCGCUGGGGGAGAUCAUCGCUCUCCUCGAGCAGGAGGAGGCCAACUCGCUCCUGGACGAGGAAGAGAACCCGCUGCUGACCAAGUUCAAAGACUGGCGCGACGAGCUCGACAUGAUCCGCGCGUCACAGGGGCGCAGCUCUGCCAGUGCGUCGUACAUCCAGCUGGCCACGCCCUCGCGCAGCCGGUCGCCGGGGCGCAGUCGCUCGCCCACUACCCGAGAGGGCGGACUGUUUGUCGACUAAGAUUUCACCUUUCUCUGGGGUUGGAAGAACUGCUUGCGUCGAACAGAAUUUGAAGAAGUAAAAUAAAGAACAUAACGAGCACCUCGUUUUGUACUGUAGCAUCAUAUGGACUUUUUGCACAUCCGUGUCAGCCUGAGUUGAUACAAGUCAGGUCAGGUCAUG